AUGAAAGGUAACAGAAUGAAGUCAUCCGGCGCUCUAUCGUUUCUAGUGCUAGCUGUACUAAAAGUGGCGGGAAAUCUACUGGAUGAUUGUAACACCCCCAAAGAACUGCUGGUGGAGUUUCUUAGUACAAUUGUAAAAACACAUUAUCGAGAUCCGGAUAGUUACGUAGCACUUCGUGUUCGGAAUGGUAACUGCUCAAGCGCUCCAUCGUUCCUACAGGGCGAUCUUCUAGAUGAUCUUAUGCGUGCCAAUAAUGCGUGGUUGAUCGUGACGCACGAAGAUUUACCCUCAGCGGAAGGACGUCCUGCGUACUACAAUGUGUUUCUGGUGCAAGAUUACAAUUCACUUUGCGCACUGUUGGACGGAAUGAUGUACCAAACCCAUCACUACUAUGGUUUGUACACAAUUUUUAUCGAAAGUCUGGCUAACCUGGACGUACUGCACGCGGUGAUGGAAAAGCUUUGGAGUAUGAGGCUGCUGAAUGUGGUCGUAAUCGUGGACGGAGUUGAUGAAGAGCUCGUGGCUUAUACUUACCAUCCGUACAGGGAGCAAAAGUGUGGCAUCGUAGAAGCUUACGAGAUUGAUCGGUUUGUGAACGGUUCGUGGACCGAUCUAGCUCAUUGGUAUCCAAAGCGGAUGGACAAUUUUAACGGUUGCCCACUGAAGAUCGGAACAAUCGACAUCAGACCGUGCUCGAUUAUUUACCGGCAAGGAAAUCGCACCAUACACCAAGGUAUCGAAUUGUCGCAGGUUAUAAAUUUGUCACAAAUGUUCAACUUUACUGUGGAGUAUCGGAUUGCCGAUGGUGAGAUAAGGUGGGGCUUCGCACGGGAGGUCAACAGUACGGGGCUGAUGGGAAUGAUUCAGCGUAACGAGGUCGACUUUGGCGUUGCCAGCAUUGGAAUCGGUGUGGCCCGUGUAAAGUAUCUUCGGCAGGGCACACCCAGUCGCUACGGGCAGAUUCUGAUGGCCAUACCGCCGAAGCGUUCGUACACGUCGCUCGAAAAGCUGUUCCAACCGUUCAGCUUGCAGACGUGGUUGUGUGUGGUGCUUUGCCUGACGGCCAUAAGCUUGCUAGCGCACGCGAUGUUUGGUUUGCGAAAGGAUACAGCUGUCGAUCGGUUACCGCAUACAGUCUACACUAUGUGGGUGUUAAUAAUGGGUGGACCAUGCCGACCAUUGCGUAUGGACAGCUCGCGACUGUUUAUCGUUAUCUUUAUCCUGAACAUGCUCGUCCUCCGCACACUCUACCAUGCGGGAAUGUUUGAACGACUGCAAGCCUCGAACAGUCUAGCGUCGGAUUUGAACACGCUGGAACAAAUCAACAAGGCGGGCAAGGUGUAUGUCAUGCACAAAACGAUUACUCUGUACUUUAACGACAAUCCAUUGGUAGGACCAAGGCGCAUCCGUCUGAUACAGAACGACAGUGCAAGCUGGGAAGAGAUACUGUACCAUAUGUCCCAACCUGGUAGUGACUUUGUGGUAGCGUUACCGCUCGAUUGCAUCAAGUACUACGUGAAGAAGAACGGCGAACGGGGCCUGGUGUACGUGGGCAAACAUACCGGCAUCACGUACAACACUGCCUUCUACUACCCGAAAACAACCUCGCUGCAGGAACCGUUUAGUACACAGGUGCUGGCAUUCCAUUCGGCCGGCCUGGUCAAUUACUGGGCACAAGCGUUCGAGGACAAUCGCUACUGGUCGAACGCGGUGACGGAUCCCGAACCGGCCAGCAUUAAGUGGGAUCACAUUUCGGGUGCAUUCUAUCUGUGCGGUACAAUGCAUUUGCUAGCGAUUGUUGUAUUUUUCGCCGAGUUAGGAUAUGCCCAUUGGCCGAAGAAGACGCAAAUGAUAUGGAGCAAACGCGAGCAGGAAAAUUGA